AAAAAUGAGGAAAAUGUGGUCAUUCGAAACCAGUUCGCCGACUAAAAUCAUGUUCCAGCAGCCUUGUCCCGCCAAUUUUUAAAAACGCUUUGAAAUCGGGCGCGCGCGCUGCCUUCGCUAUUCGCCAUGGCGACCGCGCCUUCAGUUUCCUGUUUACCUCACAACGCGAAAAUGUCGAAGGCGAAAAAAGUGCUCGACGAGGCUCGGGAAAUCCAGAAUCCCGAGCUGGAUCUGUUCGACAAGAAUGUGUCCACUUUCGAGGAGAUGACCGGGCUACUAAACAUGACGUACAUUACCCGACUGACUUUGAGCCACAACGCAAUUAAAUCCGUUCCUCCGGGUCUGGCAAACUUGUCCAAUCUGGAGAUUAUCAACUUGGCCAACAAUCAGAUUGAGGAAUUGCCUCUAUCGCUAUCUUCAAUGCCAAAACUGAGGAUUCUGAAUCUCUCAAUAAACAAACUGUAUUCGCUGCCUCGAGGCUUCGGUGCCUUUCCUGUACUGGAAGUACUGGAUCUUACCUACAACAACUUGAAAGAAGACGCUUUGCCCGGCAAUUUCUUCUUGAUGGGAACCUUGCGAGCAUUAUAUCUAGGAGACAACGACUUUGAGUAUUUACCUCCGGAAAUAAAGAACUUGAAGAACUUGGAGAUUCUUGGGCUCAGGGAGAACGACUUGUUGGAGUUGCCCAAAGAGAUCGGCGAGCUGACCAGAUUGAAAGAAUUGCAUCUUCAAGGCAAUCGUCUGACCUUCCUGCCUCCAGAUUUGGGCCAAUUGGACAUGUCUUCGAAUAAAGCCGCAUUUAGAUUAGAGGGCAACAAAUGGAUCCCGCCGAUAGCCGACCAGUUGCAGUUGGGAAUCAGCCACUUACAGGACUAUUUGAAAAGCGAAACCUAUCGCAUAACAUACAAUCGAUGUCUGACGAAUAAACCAGAAGCUCCCCCACCUUGUGAGGGCAAGCCUAAGAAAACGUGCAGAACUCGAUAAGAAAAUGGGUGCAAUAUUUAUUAGCAAUUUAGCAUAACAAGGAAUUGAAAUGAGUAAGCCUCGAUUUUUUAACACUUUGGCGCUUCAAUGGGGAGCCGACGGUGUUCCAGAGUGGCCUUUUUAUACCAAAAGUGCCUUAACUUAACCCUUAAAAACUAUCAUAUUUUGUGUAUUUAAUCGAUUAAUAUUAUUUUUUUAAGUCCGGGAAUUCGAUGUACUUUUGUCGCAAUUCUUUGCUGCCAACUAAAACAAUGCUUUAAGUUAUGGAAAUUGUUUAACUUUAUAUACGUGUUAUUUUUUCAUAAAUUCAUAUCGUCGGUCA